CAAGAACCGUGUCGACAUGCCUUGUGUUCAUUAUAAGUUUCGAAGUAAACUCACUCACGACACGGUCGAGUUUGAAGGCCUUCACAUCACUCUGACAGAGUUAAAACGACAAAUCAUGAGGCGCGAGAGACUGAAGCUCUGUGACCUGCAGAUCAGCAGCGCGCAAACAAAUGAAGAAUACACUGAUGAUGAAGCGCUCAUUCCCAACAACACGUCAGUCAUCAUCAGACGAAUCCCUGUUGUUGGGCUGAAAUCCACAAACAGAAGAUUUGUCAAUAAUCAGCCUGAACCAUCAUGUGGAUCUUCACAAACAGUAUGUAAAAAAGGGUUUGCAUUGGCCUUCAUGUUUAAUAACUCUCUUUGGAAAGUUUUUGAUCAAAAUGACAAAAGUUUUGCUCCUCGUAAACGCAUGCGGAAAUGCGCAGGGAUUCCUCGUAGUUUCCUGGUGGAGGUGGAUGAUCCUGACAGAAAGGGAGUCAUGAUGGACAGCAGUGGGAAAUACGUCAUUCCCAUUAUGAAUGCUGAGGCCUAUGUGAUUGGGAAGAAAGAGAAGCCGCCCUUCUCACCCCAGAAUGAGCCUUCAUCCUCAUCCUCAUCCGAUCCAGUCCCCGCCGCGCUGCUAUGUCUGAUCUGUAAGGAUCUGCUGACUGAUGCUGUGAUGAUUCCCUGCUGCAGCACCAGCUACUGUGAUGAAUGUAUCAGAACGUGUUUGCUGGAGUCUGACGGACACCUUUGUCCAACCUGCAGACAGUCAGAUGUUUCACCUGACGCUUUGACCGCAAACACUGUUUUGCGUCAAGAGGUGAAUCAUUUUAGGAAUGGAACCAGAUCUUUGCGUCCAAACCACAGCCGUCGAUCCCGGUCACCCAUCCCAGAAUCCUCAUCAAAGAGGCGUCGGGAUGUGAGAGAGAAUCGUUCCCACUCAAGAUCUCCUCUAAACAGAUAUACAGACCAGAAGAGACUACAUUACUGAGAAACUUUCAGUCCUGCAUUGGAGAAACCUUGUGAAGCAUCAGUUACA